UAGAAAAUUCGUUCGGAAGGGCUGGGCUACCAUGGAUGACAUGGCAGUAUAUACAGACUCACGUACUGUAUAAUGGAGAGCGUAUUGGUAUAGGAAUGUGUGUUAGGAAGGCUAUUUCUCGGAAUAUCUUUGAGCGCUUUAACGCCUGUCGAGUUAAGAUGCGAGGGUUUGCUUGAAAGUCAGAGUGAAUGAAAUGCUGCAAAACAUGUCGAUUUUUGCGGCGGGUUUGGCCAUGACAGAGCCUUGAUCGCCUCUGUGUGAGAUUAUUAAUUAUUUAUCUUUCUUUCUCCGCCGGGAUCGGGCCGUUGAUUUGAGAGAACUUGAGUGUUUUGUUUCAUAUUUCCCGGCGGAUUGGUGAGAGUUUGCGGGUUUCUCGCUUUCACUGGUAGAUUUGAGAGCUUUUUGAGGGAACUUCUAUUAUUUGCCAAGCCGACGGGCGGAAAAGGAAGACAUCCAACUGGUAGGUUAUUUUCAAUUUGAUGGCACCAAUUUCAUUACCUCCUGGCUUUGGGUUCCACCCAACGGAUGAAGAACUCGUUGCUUAUUACUUGAAGAGGAAAGUGCAUGGCUAUAAGAUUGAACUGGAGGUUAUUCCUGAGGUGGACCUUUACAAAUGUGAACCUUGGGAUCUACCCGAAAAGUCGUACAUGCCAAGCAAGGAUCUACAGUGGCAUUUCUUUAGUCCACGUGAUAGAAAGUACCCAAACGGUUCACGUACUAAUAGAGCAACUGAAGCUGGUUAUUGGAAAGCCACAGGGAAGGACCGCAAAGUCACUUCGCAACAACGCUUGAUUGGAACAAAGAAGACUCUCGUCUUUUAUCUAGGCCGUGCUCCUUCUGGAGAACGGACAGAUUGGGUUAUGCAUGAAUAUCGGUUGGAUGAAAAGGAGUGCCGAGGGGCAGGUUUGCAGGAUGCCUUUGUGUUAUGCCGUGUUUUCAAGAAGAAUGGUUUAGAGACAAAGGAUGAUGAAAAAUGUCUUCCAACGAUUGAGAAUAAUGAUGAGUCAUCGUCCACAAAGAAUGAUUCCUCCCCUGGCACAGUGGCAGUGCCUUACCCUGUUGAAGAUCAGCCUAAAGAAAUGCCACAACAUGUUUUGCAGAACAAUGAUGCUAAAGUGAAUCUACAACUGCUCCCAGAAUCCUACAAUGUUGCUGGCAAUGAUAUUCUUGAAGAUGGUAUGGAUAUCAAUGAGUGGUUGGAUAUGGUACUGGAUGACCCUGAGCAAAAUUCUACUUUGCCAUUCGAAGAUGAAUUUAUAGAUAAUACAAAGGUUGAUUUUAACUGGGAAGGUUCAGAUUUGCAACAAAUUGCUGCAUAUCCACAGGUAGACAAGCAGAAUUUAGGCAGCUCAAAUUUUGUAGAGUCUGGUAUUGUGGAUGAAUGUCAGUUCUUUAAGACUGUAGAUGGACCUUUUGAAGAAUCAGAAGUUAUAGAAGAAUUAGCAUAUGCUGCAGAAGCUCCCCAGGCAGAGAAUUCUCACCAACUGGAUUAUUUACUUGAUCUCGAUAACCUUAGUGAAUUUAAUCAAGUUUUGGAUGGGGAGUAUCUUGAACUUGAUGAUUUCUUAAUUUCUCCAGAGGAGCUAGAGAAUAAUAAUUCUUCUCUAGUGCAGGUUGAUUGUCAUCCUACUGAAGUCCAAAUACGUCCACCAAAAGAGAAAUAUUGGCAGGAGACAGGGCCACAGGAUUUGCUUAGUCAGUACACUGCCAAGAAAAGGAUCCGUUUGCAGAUUUACCAUGAAGAUUAUGCUGAUCAAUACCAAGAAGAUAUGUAUGUAAGCCGCUCUCAGACAGGAUUAGACAAUCUGGAUAUCAGUGAUUCUAUGUAUGAUCCAAAAGAGCAGAAAGUGCUUCUUGAUACCCUAAACAGGAAGAAUGAGAACCCAGAGGCUGGAACACCUCUUCACGAGCCUGCACGAGAAACUGUGUCAAGGGAGAUGGGCAGCUUCAGAGAGGGUCCUCCUCAUGGCCAUUAUGAAGGUGGGCUUGAUAUGAAGCUUUGCAAAGCCAGUUCUCUUGGAGGCAGAGACAGGUCAUUGCCUGGAGAUGACAUUCAGCCUGAAAAUUGUAGAGCAGAUUCAGUACAGUCGAAUGUACAUAGAAUUAACAAUGUCCCUCCUGAUUUGGUUGAAGGAAAUGUGCCAGUGAACAAAAUUGAGCACAUUGUUGAUCCUGAUUUACUGCAAGAUACUGUUGAUAUUCAAAAUAGAUUUAUAAUUAAUCAUGAUCUGUCCCCUAUGCGCUCACAGACUUCCACGUAUGAGCUUUUUAUGAAUGCUAAGAUCUCAGAGAUAGUUGAGAUGUCUGCAAAUUCCUCAGUUACAACAUCCAAACCUGUGAGCAAUGGUGUAGAUAAGCAGCAGUUACAGGACCAGAUGAUGAUUUCACUAAAUGAAUUUGGCGUGUCAAUUCCUAACGUAGUUGGUCAAAUUCAGGUGGGACAAUGUAUAUCAGAUGUUGAUAAGAACUCAACUACAACUGAUAACACUGGAAUUCCAAAAUAUUAUGUUGAAUCAUCAAAAAGUGAUUCAGAGCUGCAAGGCCUGUAUCAUUAUAAAAUUGAGGCUUCAGCACCUGGAUCUGAGGUACUAGUCAGUCCAAGAACUUCAUCUGGGGAGCUUCAUCCAGAAAAGACAGCAUUAAUCCAAAACAAAUCAGAAGUGGAUUUAGCUGGAGAACCAAAACCCUCAAUAGGAAUUUCAAAAUUGUGGCAGCGAAUUCCUUCUUAUGCUUCUUCUGUGAUGGAGUAUCUAAGUCAGUUAAAAUUAGUAAAAGCUAUUCGCCCUUCAAAAGUUACAAGUAGUUCGAAGAAGGCUGCUACUGUUAGUACUCACAUCAAAGGUACCAUGCUGACUUGCACCUGCAUGAAAGAAAGAGCAGAGCUCGCUGAAUCUAAGAUCAUAUCAUCACAGGAGUUUUGUGAUUGUUGUGUAGAUCAGCAUAUUAGUGGCGCUCUUGGAAAUUUGGAGCAAACAUCCAGCACUCUCAAUCGCUUAUCUUAUUACCUAAACAGAACUGGACCUACAGGCUCUAACAGGAUGCUUGUCAUGGCUUGCGUUCUGGGAGCAGCAUUUUUGCUGAGGUUUUCCUCUCUGUUACGGGGUAUCUGGCGUUUUGCAAGACGUGUAUCAGUGAUCAUUUUCCAGUAGCCACAGCCCUGUGCAACAUGUAAUUUAAUUUGGGUAACGAUUUUCUGUGUCAUACCUUGCUUGUCGGGUAAAUAUAUAAUGCAUUGAUCUUUUAUAAAUAUUUAUUGCUAUGUUAUCUAGGUUUUAUGACAAAUACGGUGUUAUUGUUAAUAGAAUAGACUUCCUCAAUAUUAGUACAUUUGAGGAUACCUUGUAAAUAAGUCUCAGUGUCUGGUCUUGACUUCCUAAUUGAUCAGAGUUAUAUUUUUGUAAUACAGUAUGUACUUUGAAUGACCUGAACUCAGUUGGGAAAUUUGUUUCCGUUAUCAAUAGAACUGAAGGCCGAUAUAUGAUAUAUACAUUUUGCUCAA